AUGAGAACGUAUAGGGGUAUGGAGUUUAGAAGUAAGGAGGUGAAUAAAUAUCUCCAACAUGAGGGAAUUCAUCAUUUCUACGCAAUUAACACUGGGACAAAGGCUAACUACGCUAAAGCAAUAAUCAAAAAUCUGAAGAAAAGACUAUUCAGGAACAUGUUAAAAAAGAGAACACAACGAUACAUUAAUGUUCUCAAAAAUAUAGUUCAAGGAUAUAACCGCACAAUUAAUAGGAGUCUAGGAAGAAGACCCAUAGACUUAAUGAAAGAGAAUGAAGGAGAGAGUAGGCUUCAGCAGUAUUUACUUAGGACCAAAGGGGGUAGUAAAAUUGUGGAAAUGGAAGGACCAUUACAUAUUGAUUUGUUUCAACAACCCAAGUUACUCAUCAAUGGAGUCAGUGUAGGCAUUAAACUACACCGUGACACCUUUACACUGAUCACUGAUGCCCUGUCUCCUGACUUUCGCGUAAAAAUAGUGGAUGCGCAUUUCAGACUUUGUAUUCAACGAUUGAGUAGCUGUGUAUUAGUAGCACAUGACAGACUUAUUCAAGACACGCCAGCCAGUUACCCUUACCUACGUACAGACAUCAAGACAACGUCCAUUGCUUCCGGCCAGUUUAGUUACAGCGCAGAUGAUAUAUUUCAAGGACUUGUACCAAGUAAACUGAUAGUAGGUCUCGUUCCUAGUGCGGCAUUUAAUGGCGAUUACACACAGAAUCCGUUCAACUUAAAGCAUUAUAACUGUAGUUCCAUAGGCCUUUACGUCGAUGGAUAA